AUGUCAUCUGAAAAAAAUUCUGUUACUCAAAUUAAACCAACGAUAAUCGAAGAAGACAUAUGUGGAGGUAUCAGUAAGCUUCAACCACUAAAUGAAGAAGACUUUAAAAUUUGGAACAUGUAUAAACAACAUUUGGAAAAAAAAAUUCAAGAUCAAUUUAAGGUACCUACAAGUUAUACACUUAAACCAGUUCAAGUUGCUACACAAGUUGUUGCUGGAAUGAAUUAUUUUUUUAAGGUUGAAUUACCAGAUAAAAAAUAUGCAACAGCUUGUGUUUAUCAUAUUGAAUGGAAACAAGAGACUCAUGGAAAAGAAGAUCAGGUCACUGUACAUGCUAAACUUAGUGAAAAUCCAAAUGAAGACAUGGGUUGGUUUUAA